AGAUCAAUGUCGUUCCUGUGCUGUGCCUGCAUAGAUCAAAGUGAGAGAGGUAUCGUCCAGUCCUGCGGCAAGUUCUCUCACAUCCUCGACCCGGGAUGUAGCAUCAUCCUGUGGCCCAUCCAGACUGUCGACGGAGUCAGCAUCAAGGUGACGCAGAUCGACGUCAACACCAACACCAAGACCAAGGACAACGUGACGGUGACUGUGACGUGCGCGAUCCAGUACUCGGUGAACCCGUUGGAGUGCGACCAGUACUACUUCAAGCUCCACAACCCGCACAUGCAGAUCACAGCCUACGUUGAUGACUGCAUCCGCUCUCAGAUCCCGACGAUGACGCUAGACGAGUCUUUCGAGGCCAAGGAGUCGAUGGCGAACGCGGUGAAGGCGCAAGUCGCGUCUUCCAUGAAGCCGUAUGGCAUCGAAGUGCACCAAGCGCUCAUCACCAACAUGCAGCCAGACUCCACGGUGAUGCAAGCCAUGAAUCAGAUCAACGCGGCUAGGAGGAACCGAGAGGCUGCGAUCGAGAAGGCAGAGGCAGAGAAGAUCCUGCAAGUGCGAGCAGCAGAGGCGGACGCGGAGGCGAAGCAUCUGUCAGGCAAGGGUACUGCGAUGAUGAGGCAGGCGAUCACGGAUGGCUUCAAGAACAGCAUCGAGUCGAUGAAGGAAUCGUGCGGGCUUGAGCCACGAGAGGUGGUGCACAUGAUGCUUGUGACGCAGUACUUGGAUGUGUUGAAGGAGUUCGCACAGUCUGGGCGGGCUACGAUGGUCGUUCCCCAUGGACCUUCGGCUGUUGGCGACAUCGAGCAGCAAGUUCGGAAUGGCUUCAUGCAAGCACAGAUGAUGAACCCUAACAGCAUGCAUUAAGCACAAAAAUGUCACCGAUCGAGUAGAAGCUCAUCGAUGUCUUGUAUGCUCAGCAGUGUGGAUUUAAGUUUGCGUUCGGAAAUCAUGUCGGUUCCGGAUACCUAUUUUCUGUGAAUGAUUUGAUGAGAUUGUAGUCCUUGAAACUUGCUUGUACAGACAGCAAGAAAGUUGUUGUGUUAUCCUGAUGGUUGUUUCACGAUUAUUGUAGGCCUCUUAAUUUAUGACACAGCUCUUAAAUAUUAUCGUAACUUGC